AUGAAGCCAGACGAUCUUCCGUGGAUAGAUUCCAUGGCACCCCCAUCGCACGUACAAGAACAUGCCCAGUCGGAUUUUCAACCACCGACUGUUGCUGCCUUCUCCCCCUCGACAAUUACCGGCUCGGCUUUAACCUCACGCCAACGCUCUAGUGUCAUUGUGCAUCGCAAAUCACCUCUCCUCGUGGCUACACCACCUGCCAUCACCCGAGCCCUAGCUUACUCGCACCCAUUCCUUCUCCCCUUAAAUAAACUCGCCGGGCUCAUAACAUGGACCUCUGGAGACCCCUGGCAGAGCUUCUUGCUCCUGGCCACAUUUUGGAUGAUCGUGCUGUAUAGCGAUGUCAUUAUCCUUUGGGCAGGGCCGAUUCUGGUCGUGGUUGCCUUGAUCCUCGGCAUGUACGCACGUCGUUACUCGCCACUAUCAUCGACCACAUCAACGGGGGAAAAGCACAAGACUAAAGUUACCCAAGAUAGCUCACUGCGUCAUCAAAAGAGCCUAGACGAAAUUGUUGAUACGCUCCGCAUCUUCACAACAAGAUGCAAUAUCCUCCUUGAACCAUUACUCGACCUCACCGAUUUCCUAUCUACCCAGCGCACUCCCACAUCAGCGACCACUAGACCUGCAUUGACAGCCUUGUUCAUCCGCAUCAUCUUAGUAACUCCUGUGUGGAUUGUGUUAACUCUACCUCCAUUCUAUUUACUCACUACACGUCGCAUCAUCAUGACCCUCGGCACCGCAUUUCUCACCUACCAUUCCCGACCCUCCAGGGUCUCGCGUGUCAUUCUGUGGCGAUCUCGAGCCGUACGACGACUCUGCGCCGCAGCGACCGGUCUUCCACUCGCUGACAUCCCGAGCCACCAACAAAAGGUCUCAGCCCAGGCCCAGGGCCAAAGCCAGGGCUUGAACAUAUCUACCCGACGACGAAACAACGAGGGUGUGCGGUUUACUUUCGUUGUAUACGAGAAUCAGCGCCGUUGGCUGGGCGUCGGGUGGACCUAUUCAUUGUUCCCGGCGGAACGUGGUCCUUGGACAGACGAGCAUAUGAACAAUGUGGCGCCGAAGGAGACAUUCGAACUACCAGAUGUUCGAACAGGAGAUGCUAAAUGGCGCUGGGUAGAGGGAAGCGAGUGGCGUGUCGAAGGAGCGGACAACUUCAAUGGAAAAUCAGACUCGAAGGGGUCAACCGGUGAGGGAUGGAUCUACUACGACAACAAGUGGAACGAUGGGCGCCGCGGCCAAGAUGGAUGGGAUCGUUAUACCCGCCGACGCAAGUGGUACCGUGACGCUGAAUUAGCGGAUCUCUCACCCCCAGAAACUGAAAAUGGCUCCGAAGAAACCAUAUCGGGCCUCACCCAGGCCCUGGAGAGGCAAAGGGCACAACGAAAUGCCGAUGAUGCCGACGCACAGAGCAUUGUCCCCUCUUCCUCUUCCAACUCCCGACGACGCCGCUGGUUCAGCGGUGGCAAGGAUUUGGACAAAGAGGUUGCCAACGGCGGGUCGCCCACUGACAGUGGGCGUGCCACGGGAUUUUCUGGUGCAGGCGAUGCAUCAGGCACCUCGCAGCCUAUCAGCAUAAAGAACUCCCGCAAACCGUAUCAUGUACGCGAAGGAAGUAUAGCAACCAGUGAUAGUGCCAGUCUGCGGGAGAAAGAGAUAGCGAAUUCGCAAGAUCAUGUCGACCGGUGGUCCACACGGGCUGCGGGUGGCACGGAAAGAGCAGAAAGGGAAUGGGGGCUCAGCGAUGACAUGAACAUGGGGCUGAGCUGA